AUGGUUGCUACUUACGAUGAAAUUGAAAUUGAAGAUAUGACUUUUCUUCCAGAAGAUCAAAUGUUUACUUAUCCAUGCCCUUGUGGGGAUAGAUUUGAAAUUUUACUAGAGGACAUGCUAGAGGGUGAAAAUAUUGCAGUUUGUCCAAGUUGUUCUUUAAUGAUUGAUGUUAUAUUCGAACCAGAAGACUUAGGGGAAUUCUUCGAGGAUGCUGGUUUACCUGUCCCAACUUCCAUUGGUAUUACAAUUUAA